AUGUACGCAGAAGAAAUUAAAGUUGUCAUAUUAGGAAAUUCAGGUGUUGGAAAAAGCAGCAUUAUGAUGAGAUUUGUCAAGGAUGAGUUUUCAGCUACUUAGCCAACAACAAUGGGUGCAGCAUUUAUGUCAAAAAUAAUCAAGACAAAUGAUAAUUAAUUUAAAUUUUAGAUUUGGGAUACUGCAGGACAAGAGAAGUAUAAAUCUUUGGCACCCCUUUACUAUAGAGAGGCCAGAAUAGGAAUUGUAGUUUAUGAUAUAACUUCUUUAGCUUCUUUUGGAGUAUUAAAGACUUGGAUUACAGAAUUACAAAAAUAAGGCCCAGAAAACUUGAUAUUAGCAAUAGUCGGCAAUAAAUCAGAUUUACAGGAUAAAUAAGAAGUUCCUUACGAAGAUGCAAUGAAUUUCGCUAAGUAAGUUGACGCCCUUUUUGAGCUGACUAGUGCCAAAGAAAACAGAGGAAUCAAUGAUUUAUUCAUGAAGUUAGCUAGUAAAAUCGAGUAGUAAAAAAUAUAAAACAGCAUGAAAAAAAAUGUCAGUAGUUAAUCUUUUGCAGUUAAUAGCAAUUAACAUAAUAAACAAGGAUCUUGCCCCUGUUGA